UGAUGAGGGAAUAACAACAGCUGACAACAGAGGACGAGGCGUAACCUGCAUCAGGAGAUAUUUCUCAACAUUUUUUCUUGCUAAUUGUGGUGAAUGAGUGUCUGGGUGACCUGCCGUGAGUGAUAUAUACUGAUGUUAAGGCAUAUUCUCAAGCGCCAGUAUGAUCCUAUCGAUACCAGCCUCCUCUUCCCCCUUGCAAAAGGUAAUGAGGGCCUUUUGCAACGGAUGUCGCUCCUUCAGGCGAUGGAGGUUCACCGAGGCUGUGUCAACACCGUUGUAUGGGAUGCUCCUGGUAACCUCCUGCUCUCUGGCUCAGAUGACCAACACCUUGUUAUAUGUGACCCUUGGGAGAGAAUGACAAAAAUUCGUAUCCACACUGCACAUCGUGCCAAUAUCUUCAGUGCUAAGUUCUUACCUCAAACUGGAAACAGAAAGAUUAUCUCAUGUUCUGGGGAUGGCAUUCUAAUAUAUACAGAUGUUGAGAGGCAAGAGGAGACCCAUGACUGUAAGUUUACCUGUCAUUUGAGCACAUGUUAUGAUGUCAUCACUCUGCCAGAUGAUCCUCACACGUUUCUGUCUUGUGGGGAGGAUGGCUUUGUGCGCUGGUUUGAUCUGCGCACCAAAGAGCAGUGUUCCGCUCGCAACUGUCAGGAGGACAUCCUGCUAAAUAUGGGUCGUGCUGUAACUGCUGUAGCAGUCAAUCCCAUCACUCCAUACCACAUGGCUGUAGCAACACAGGACUCCACUAUCCGAAUAUAUGAUCGACGCAUCCUUGGUACCCGAGCAACCGAUUCGUAUCUGGAGCAGACUGAUAGAGCGCUAUUGAUGAGGCUUAAACCUGACAAUAUGGAGGGCAAGAAUCACCGUGUGACGUCCCUACGCUACAGUCACAAUGGACAGGAAGUUCUGGCCAGUUAUUCUUCAGAUUACCUGUAUCUUUUUGACACACAGAAUUAUAAAGAAGUGUCAUCAGGAGGUCCAGCAGACAGUGAUGCAGAAACCAACUCAGGUCCCACAUUGAAGCGCCUUCGUCUGCGUGGUGACUGGUCGGACACUGGUCCACAGGCACUACCAGAAAGUGAGAUGCGUAAUCAAGCAGGAGAUGUUGGGCAAGCAAGACCAACCUUGCAUGCUACACUUAUGCAGAGAAUGACAGACGUUUUAUCUCGCAUGCUAAAUGAUCCUGGAACAAGGGCUUCUGUCCAGCGUUCAGCCUCAGAAUCUGAAUCCUCUCAGAAUCGUUCAAAUUCCCUUGUAGAAACCACUGGUGAUGUCGAUGUUAGUGCAGAAGGUAGUCAGUCACCAUCUUCUAAUACUGAGGCACAGCCAUCUACAUCAGAUGUCCCUGCAGAGUCUCUCAGUAAUCCAUCACCUAUGGAAGGCUCUACAGAAGUAGUUGCAUCGUGUUCCUCAGCCUUGGAAGCUACUCCUUGUUUACACACAGACAGUUUUAGUGGUACUAAGCCUUCAGAAACAGAGUCACAAGCAGUUUGUCUUGACGAGGCAUCAUAUUCUUGCUCAUCGAGUUCAUCACAACAGCAUUCUCUGCCUUCACAGUCAGAUACUUUUGAAGUCACAACAAAUGAAAUGGAAAUUCACCAUUCAAACCCUGAAGCAAUAACUGACGCAGAUGAUAGCUCAAUAAAUAGUACACAUCCAGCGACUGUUCAAGAAAAAGUAAUAGAUUCCAAUUUCGAAGGUUUACAAGACAGGAUUUCAUCACUCCGGAAAGGAUUUGUACAAAAACAUCAAGUGGAACCUUCUGUCAAUCUGUCAUACUCAGGGCGAGGAGUUGGUAGUGGUAUGAUAAGCCUGGGAGUAGGUGACGAAGUGUCCAGAGGUAGUGGUCCAUACCAAGAAGAGCCUAGCAGCUCCCAAGCAGAAUCAUUAUCUAGUUCAGCUCAGCCUCAGUCAAAUCACAUCUCUCAAUCUCAUCAGCCUUGCGAAGCAAGUGCUCCCAAGCAACCUUCGUGUUCAUCUUCCUCAUCGUCGUUAUCAUCAUCCUCCUCGUCAUCACGUCAACCCCCUGCAGCCAAAGCUCAUGCAUUGCCCACCUCCAGCUCUAGUCCAGCCAUCUGUGAUAUGGAAGUAGAACCAUCAUCAACUAGUCAGGCGGAACGUGGAGGAUUGGGACUGGAGUCGGUAGCAACAGGGUCAUCUAGUCAUGGGACAAGAGCCAGUGAACUAAAUUUAGGACCUGCUCUGGAUUUUGGAGAUGAUGACAGUGAUGAUGAAUCAACAAGUGCAAGGACGGCCAGUGCCCGCAUGGCUAGUGCAAUUGAGCGUGCAGUUCAGCGGGCAAGAGGAGAACGUGCUCCAGGCGUUGGAGGUGAGGCUGAGAAUGCAGUACCCCAGGCAGCUGUGAAGCAAUGCUAUAAAGGUCAUAGAAAUGCCAGAACUAUGAUAAAGGAAGCUUGUUUCUGGGGAGAUGAUCACGUCAUGUCAGGCUCUGACUGUGGUCGUGUUUUUGUCUGGGAGCGUAAGACUGGGCGACUGGUAAUGUUGUGGGAGGCUGACCGACAUGUCGUAAACUGCCUACAACCGCACCCAACUCUCCCAGUGUUAGCUACUUCAGGCAUUGACUAUGAUCUAAAACUUUGGGCCCCUAUGUGCGAGGAAUCACGUUUUGAUGAAGCCAAGGCUCAAGAGAUAACUCAACGUAAUGAAGCACUGUUAGAAGAGACACGUGAUACCAUCACAGUGCCUGCGACCUUCAUGAUUCGCAUGUUGGCUUCACUUAACCAAAUCAGACGUGGCACCUCAAUUGCAGAAAGAUGGAGGAAUCGGCGACAGGCUCGAAGACAAGGUGAAGAGGAUCAGAGCGGAGAAUAAGAAAAAAAUUGAUAUUCUGAAUUUGGAGAAUAUUGUCUGAUGAACUGAUGUACUUGUUGAAUACUGUACUUCUAAACUCUUGAUGUGUUAGGGAGUGAAUAAUGGUCUAAUUUUACAAAUUUACCACAAGGUACUGACUAACCAAAGUUUUCUCUCAUCCUAACACUAACUCUCUCUACCUUGACCAGUACUAAUCUUGAGGUAGAGAGAGGUUUAGGUGCUAUUUUGAGCUUGGAGUGUUACACUGGUCUGUUUCUGCUUUUUUUUUUUCCAUAAUAGAGUAUAAUAUUGUGUUUAUUGUGGAGAAGAAAAUUUAAAUAUUUUGAAGGUUACACAUAGAAUAGUCAGACCAACAUAGUUCAUUGUUAAACAUGCAUUUUUAAGGUUUUUGAAAAAACUUUGCUCAUAGUACCUCCACCCCAAUAAAUGCUAGUUAAAAUAUUACCAUAUUUCAUUAGGAAAAAUAUCACUGAUUCAAGUCUCGGUUUCUUGUCAUAUAGCAGAUAACUUUUGGUUUGUCGGCUGAUGAAAGUACAAUAGCAAAAAAUAGUAUGCAUUACAUGUAUAUGAAGGUUUAACUGUAAAGUUGUAGUGAGGCAUUUGUAUGACAAACUAUAUUUCAUGCAAAACACCAAUUAGUUGCCUUAAUAUAAGUCUGACUGAUCUUCAGACAUAUCACACGAGUGAUGCUCGAGUAUCAGUACAUAUUUUUUUUUUUUUUGUGAUAAUUGUGUAGUCUUAUUAGUGCAUUGUAUUCCUUACAAAGUCUCAAUUUUUUUUGUUAGUGCAAGAUGAACUUGGGUGCUGUAGUGGAGCAGAAAUUGCUCUGGACUUCUAAUCCUCAAAAGUUCAAUCUAGCAGCCAAGCAGGAAUUUGGAGAUACAGGUAUUUUAUAUGGUGUGCAUAAUGCCAGUCCCUCUUAUUUUUUUCAGGCAAGGUCCUGGUCUCUACUAAGAGUCCUUACUUGGGACUUUCCAUACUAUGGAACUAUGACAAAAAAUGGUUAGGUUAGCGAGAUGAAGUUGUAAAAAUGACUCGAGGGAUGAUCGAGAUACAUGUUAUUUUAAUACUGCAGUGGAACACUUAUGAAUUAAUGAUAGGGUCUCCUAACUGUUUUAAAAGUUAGAAUUCCUGGAAAGUAUUGAUCUAAUUAUACAAUCUGGAUAAUGUUUCAUGUCAUGUUUAUAUUUUUUUUAUUAAAAUGUCUGUAUGUAAACUAGGUACAAUAAUGCAUUGACUGUAUUAAAGUUUGAUCGAUCCUGUAAGCUAUUAAAAACAAAAAAAAAAUCAUUGGCAAAAUACCUUCCCUAUACUAACUUUUCAAUAGAUCAAAUAUUUGGUUUCCUUCUACAAAGAAUUGUGAAAUGUAUAUUGGUGCCUUCUGUGAAUAUAAUGCUAUAUGACUCGCAUUGAUUGUGCUUGUUUUUGAAUAUAAAUGAAUGUAACAAUGGAUACACUACAUAUUGUUACAGGUUAUUUUUUGUUUUAGUAUGAAUGGAGGAUGACAAAGCUGCAGAAACCUCAGAAGAGCUGAACCCAAAGGGAUCAUUCAGCACCUGGGGUAAUGCUAGGUAAUUAAGUUUGAUAUGAGGAAGAGGAGAGCAGCUCCAAUUCCUUGGAUCAAGAGCCCUGCACUUCCAUGGAAGGAUACUAUAUAUAACCACAAUAAUCUUGAGGCUUAAAUAAAACAGAAAUAGUUUAUUAGUCUUUACUCUAAAGCAGCAUACAAAAUUUCACUUUGAGAUUGAAUCUUAUUGCCAAUUUUUCCAUUUCUUCUUGCAAGCAUUAAUACAGGCAUAUUUAUGGAAAUAGGGGUGACAGAAAAAGUAAUGCAAGAUUACUCUCUCAUCAUAAGGCCUAUCAAAUAAUACACACUAUGUGGAAUGAGUCAUUUACAUAGGACAUUGAUUACAUGGUACUAAAGCAGUAUUUCUGUAGAUACCACAGUGUACUGUUGUGUCCCAAAAACAUUCACUAUAUAGACAAGUAAUUUAGUAAUUCUAUGCACCAUUUCAAAAGCUAUGCUGUCAUGAUCCUCACCAGUCUUAUACUAUUUCCAUUAGUUAUUACCCCACUGUAACCUUGUACUGCAUUCACCAUUCCAGAAACAAUCCUAAAGCAUUAACUUUCACACACACACACACAUAUAUAUAUAUACUGUAUAUACAAUGUAUAUAUUUUACGCUUAAUGCUAAAAAAAAAGCAUGGGAUCACCAAUUGAAUAUAUUUCAAACACUUUUUACAGUUCAUUAUACCUAAAUUGAAGAUGGUUUUGCAUCAAGAGAAAAAUCUGAUUAAAAAAAAAAAAAAAUUUACUACAGAAUUCUGUUUAGUAAACACUUACUGAACCCGUACUUGUGAGAUCUACUUACACUCAGCAUACAAGGUUGACAAUAUAAUUGUUGUCUUUCAUUUUUUGGGACACACAGCACAAAAAAUUGUACAAGUUUCUCUGAUCAAAUAUGAUAUAUCAGAAUAAAUUUCUUUGAGGAACAAACAUGUUACCCACAAAAAUACAGCUAUACAUGUUGCUGUGAUGCUCAGAAUGUUCUCUGGCCCUGUGCUGCAGUUGCUCGACUUCUUUUUCCAUUAAGCGUAAGAAAUAAAUCCUAACAUUUAAAAAGCCUUGCAGUGGAGAUAAAAACAGACAAAAAGGCACUGUAGAUACAGGGCCAAACAACAUGAUACCUUUUCUCAAGAUGUGACCUCCCCCCCCCCCCCC